CACUGUCAGCUGUUGACGGACUGGUGGGGGUUCUCUCUGUUGUCGACCUCCGGGGCCGCUCUGAAUGCUCUCUCCCCGGCUCUGUGCUGUCACUGCGGCCGCUCUCAAAGGCACAUGUUGUUUGUGGACCGUUCAGUAACCGAACUUAUGCUGCCAUGAUUGCUUUGUGUCGCCUGGUUCACAGAGGACUGCUGAGCAUCCGGCCGUCUUGCCGUUUGCUCGCCGGACAGGUGGAUGCGGGUCCCCCGGUCCGGACAGCCAGCUCAUCCAGUCCUGUCAGCUUGACUUAUGACGUGUUCGACGGUAAGGGAGAGAGCACUCCCCUGGUGUUUCUCCACGGCCUCUUCGGCAGUAAAUCCAACUUCCACUCGAUCGCCAAGUCCUUGGUGCAGCGCACAGGCCGAAAGUCAGGUGUUGACUGUAGAUGCCCGUAACCACGGUAACAGCCCUCACAUCCCGGAGCUGACCUAUGAAGCGAUGGCCGCCGAUUUGAAACAUCUCCUCAGCCAGCUGCACAUCGAGAAGUGCGUCCUCAUCGGCCACAGCAUGGGCGGGAAGACCGCCAUGACAACCGCUCUGACACAGCCCAGUUUGGUGGAACGGCUGGUGGUGGUGGACAUCAGUCCGGCCCAAACCACCACACGCACCAACUUCCGCUUCUACAUCCAGGCCAUGCAGGAGAUGAAGAUCUCCACCGACAUCCCUCGCUCCACCGCCAGGCGGAUGGCUGAGGAUCAGCUGCGGAGCUUAGUGAAGGCAAACGAACAGAGAACAGAGCUGGAAGCAGAGAGAGAGGGAGAGUCAGGCAGGUUACACGAGUCACAGGAGCACUCUGUGCGCCAGUUCCUGCUGACCAACCUGGUGGAGGAGAACGGACAUUACUCCUGGAGGGUCAACCUGGAGGCCAUCGCAGCUCACCUGGAGGAAAUCAUGAGUUUCCCCAGACUGGACACCGUCUACGAGGGGCCAACGCUGUUUCUGGGCGGAGCCAGUUCUGCUUAUAUCAGCUCCGACGAUUACCCAGAGAUCCAACGGCUGUUCCCCAACGCCGACAUCCAGUACAUCCCAGACGCGAGCCACUGGAUUCACGCUGACAAGCCUCUGGACUUCAUCAGCUCCAUCAUCUCCUUCCUCCAGUCUUAGCCGCCUGCGGCCGCGCCUGCAGACUUUCUACAGCGCCUCUGAGCGUGGAGCGGAGUCGAUAACGAUCCUAAUAUUCGAGAUAACAGGACCAAACCCGCUCUCUUUUGCAGCAGUCAGUUCUUACUUUUAAAGCCAUUAGUCGUUCUGGUGUAAAGGAUUUUAAUUUAUUAGUGGUUGUAGAUUAUCCAGCUUGUAGAUACGUUUCAGUUGACCCGUUUAUAGAUCCGUUUAACAUCAUGGGGCUGUUUUUGGAAGUAAUGUACUAAUCCAAAGAAACUGUCAUUUGCACUGUACUGUCUUUAUGUUCAUAUACAGUGAAUCGCAAAAGUUUACGCACCUUAUUUAGAAAGCCAUGAAAGGAUGCACUGCAAAAACACAAAAUCUUACCAAGUAUGUUUGGUCUCGUUUCUACACUUGAAAUAAAACAAAACUAACUAAGUUAGCUUGUUUUAAGUUAAAAAUGAUUUAAAUAUUGAUGGAAAAAGUACUACUUAUACUUGUAGAUUGUGGGAAAAAUAUCUUAUUAUAAGUGAAAUUAUUCCUUAACAUUUUUCAUCGUUGUUAUGAAAUAAUUGACUUAAAACGAGCUGCUAUAUCUUGCUAAGUUACUUCUAAGUCAGUUUUGUCUUAUUUCAAUUGAACUAUGAUAUUUUCACGAGGAACUAGACAUACUUGGCAAAAUGUUGUUUUUGCAGUGUAAUAAAUCAUUUUAAACAUUUAUCGGGACACAAAUGAAAGUCAAAAAAUUAAAACAAAUUGAAGCACUUUUUGAUUUAAUUUCAGCUUUUAGUCUGCGUUAGAAAGACUCACAACCCCUCGUCUUGACUUAACCAUACCAUCGCUCCUUCACAGCCCAAAACUCACUGAUGUUCAGAAUUUCUUUAAUAUGAAGAGAAGUAACCCCAUGCCAUGAUGCUGCCACUGCCAUGUUUCACUAUAGUUAUAGUGUUGGUUUGUGCCAAACCUAUCGUAUGAAAUCGUAGCCCUGAAAUUAAAUUUUUAUUUCUUAAACCAAAGUUUUAUUAAUAAAAUGCACCUUCCUUUCUUUCUUUUUUUAAUUUAAUCUUUAACUCAGAGGAUGCAGCGAAUCGUAGAAACCGGUCUACCGGUCCUUCAUUUCUGUCUUAUCAGCCUGGCUUUUAUCUUUGCAAACUUUUCUGAUUAUUUCAGACUGUCUUCCUAGUGCCAUGCUUGUCAUAUAAUGUGGAUUUUUCUCUGAACACCAUCUUCAUAUAAGAACCUUUUUAGGCUAAUGGAUAAAAAUUAGCUUAACUUGACUUCAGGUUCACCAGUUUUACUAUAAUUGAUAGAAAGCUAAACGCUGAAAUUCAGUCAAAAAGUGAUUCACGUAUGCACACUUGAUUAUUACAUCAAACAAAAGUUGCAUUAAAAUUCGAAAUGAGUUGGUUAUGUGCAGAUUUGUGAGAGCUGCUGUAUUUAUGUCAGGAUUGUGAAGGAAGUGUUUCUGUGUUUGCGGAUGUGAGUUAAAGUAGCACUGCGGUAAAAUAAAAACUGUAUCUGAGGAGGUUUUGGACCCAA